UAAAAGAUAGAACGAUGCCGGAGAAAGUGGCGGAGAACACCGACGGAUUCAGCUCUCAGAAUAAUCUCCAUGGAUAGCUCGAGGGGGCCGCCGAGGCAGAUGGUUGAGUACGAUCUGCAGCCACCCACCCAGCGGAUCGAAACCGCUCAUAAUCAUAUCCUCCGCAUGCAUCUUCCGGGGUUUAGGGCGGACGAGAUUAAGGUCCAGGUUGACGACAACUCCAGGAAGCUGACGGUGAGGGGUAGGAGGCCUCUGGGUGAGGCCAUUGUCGCGCGUGUGGAGAAGGAUUUCCAUGUUCCUGAAGAUGCAGACACGGAAAAGGUGCAUGCCAAGUUCGAGCAGGGCUGGCUCAGCCUUGUCAUGCCAAAGAAGCCGAUACAAGAAAGAGAAUCAACUCAGUUGGCCGUCUCGUCUGAAGACACGAAGAAAGAGGAAGAGCUGAUCCUGCAAGAGAAGCCGGAGAGUCGAAAGACGAAGAAGGAAGCGGCGCCCAUCCCCAAAGAGAUGCCACGGAGCGGUCACGAGAAGCCAACAACAGAAGGCGAUAGGGUCAAGGAAAGACACUCGCCGAAGAGGAAACCAGUGGGAGGUGAUAGGAAAGAGGAAGACAAUUACAGGCGAUGGGAAUCAUCUCCCGUGAGCUUCCCAACACAAAAACCAGAGGGUUGUGGUAGGAAAGAGGAAGAAGACGACCGAUUGGAGAAGGCAAAGAGUCCAAAGGCCAAGGCCGAAGAAGCUUUCCUGAGAGGAGAGGACCCAAAGAUCGGAAGGAAGAAGGAUCGAGGUGUGACUUGGAAGAACAGAAUCGAGGAGAUGGAAGAGUGGUUCGACAACGCAACGGUGGACAGGUUGGUGGAGAGCUUCAACAAGCACAGGAACGUCAUUGCUGCAGCAGCUGUAGGCUUCUCCGUCGGCUUCUAUGUGGCACAGAAGCUGAGGUCAAGCAGCAGAUGAUGAGGAGAGCAUCCAUGAGCGGUCAUAUGUACUCUCUUCUUCAAUAAACUUCCACUAAUUGCUUGUCAAGCGGUGAAGAUACAUUAUACUUCACUGCUUUCGAUGGAGGGUAAAAAGAACUGAGCACUCACAGCUCUUGUAUUCCCUCACAAUGGCCAAGAAAAUAAAACAAAUAAUAUAUAUUUGGUUUA